CGAGUCCCAGGAGCUGCCACGAGGCAAGACCCCACCACCUUCUUCAUUACUGCAACUCUGCAGAUCGAGCACAGAUCUCUCUCUCUACAUGCAGAGAAAGACCACAGAACAGAACAGCUCAAUCAAUAAUUAAUCAAAUUCUGUUUUCAUUUGCAUUUCCGGCGGCCAUGAAAACUAAUCAGCCGAAGCUCAAAACUCCGCCGCGAUCUCACCUCUUCUCCUGCGGAUUCUUCCGCCAUUGCACUCAAACUGUGCUCAGCCCUACCACUUCCGCUCCUCCGCCGCUCCCGGCGGCGACUCCGCCGCCUCAGCCUCCGCCGCCGUCUUCUUCUUCGUCUUCCUCCUCAAACACAUCUCAGAGCUUCACUCAGUGGCGAUUCCCUCUCUCCAACUCGCCCUUUUCGCAUAAUGAUACCAAUACUGAGUCGCCCGCACCCGGACCCGACUCGGUAUUCAAGUCGGAUCCGGGUCCCGCGGCGGCAGCGGAGAAAGGAGGAGGUUUUGAGGAGAUGUUCCACGUCGCGGAGCUCCAGUUCGGGUCGGGUUCGGACGCAGGUCGGGCGUCCGCCGUGCAGGUCUUGGAGAGGUCGUUGGUGCCGAAUCCGCGGACUGCGGCGGGGGACGGCGACGACGGCGGAGGCGCCGGCGUUUGCAUUUGCCCCGUCGGAGUGGUUGGUGGGGUGGUGGCGUGCCUCCGGGAAGGGGUGGCGCGUAAGGCGGCGAGCAAGGUGCUGUUGGCGCUUUGUUUGGUGGAGGCGAAUCGGCGCGUGGCGGUGGAGGCGGGGGCGGUGAUGGCGGUGGUGGAGGCGCUGGCGGACGCGGAGAGCGCGGUGGCGGAGAGGUCGCUGGCGGCGCUGGAGCUUCUGUGCACGACGGCGGAGGGGGCGGCGGAGGUGAGGGGUCACGCGCUGGCGGUGCCGAUGAUGGUGCAGGUGAUGGGGAGAAUGGAAGGGCGGGGGAAGGAGCACGCGAUUAGCGUGCUGGCGGUGAUCUACGGCGGAGUUGUGGACGGCGCGGCGGUGGCGCCGGCGGAGGAGGUGGCGCGUGCGGUGAUGUUGGCGCUGCAGGGCGAGUGUAGCGCGAGGGGGAGGAGGAAGGGGGCCCAGCUUCUGAAGAUUCUGCAGGAGAAUGGACGGCUGAAUGUGACGGAAGAGGGGAGAUGAACGGUGAGGAUUUGGUCAGAGGGAACUGGUUUGACUGAUGGCACUGACGUCAUCAUCCUAUCCUAUCCUAAUUAUUCGUUUGUAAUAAUGAAUGAGAUAUUUUUGCUAUUAAUGGAUUAUUUGUUGUAAUAAAUAUCUGCUCGUUUUACUUGUCUUUA